AGGUCAGGUGGUACAGGCCCCCCUCUGCUCACGUGACGGGAAUGGGCGUGGCAUGGAAGCAGGACGCUUGAUGUUGAGCUGGCAUAUUUUGGUCGCGUGUAUUGGGAGGCGGGGCCUGGUACUCCUGCGGCUGCACUCAGUAUUGGAAAAUUCACCAUAAAAGGAACAAGACAAAUAAGCUAAAAUGACGUGCCGCAAAGUGAAUAUAGUAAUCAUAGUGUUGGCCGCUGUCAUCUUCCUCAUCGUCCUCCAUCACAAUAUGCUGGGCCUGAGCGACAUAUUGAAGAGGCAAAGUUCAGAUGUCAGCCUUCUAGGAUUUCAGCGUAUUGAUUUCCUGCCAGAAGCCCCUGAUGAGAAGAUAUCUGUGGAGGUCCCGGUGGUUAUUACGGCUGUAGAAAGUCGACUUGGAGGGGUUGUUGCUGCGAUCAACAGUAUUACCAGUAAUACACAGUCCAGCGUUACCUUCUACAUUGUGACAAUGAAUGAUACCAAGGAACAUCUCAGGUCCUGGCUUAGUGACUCUAAGCUUAAAAAUGUCAAGUAUAAAAUUCUGGACUUCGAUCCUCAGGUCCUUGAAGGGAAAAUCCGAGCAGAUGAGCGGGAAAAACCUUUAACGUUUGCAAGAUUCUACCUCCUUGAUUUGGUCCCCGGAGUAGAGAAAGUCAUAUAUCUGGAUGAUGAUAUCAUUGUGCAAGGUGACAUUCUAGAACUGUACAAAACCCCAAUAAAAGUGGGGCAUGCUGCAGCAUUCUCUGAAGAUUGUGAUUCGGUUACCUCAAAAUACCUGGUUAGAGGAGCUGGAAGUCAGUAUAACUACAUAGGAUAUUUUGACUACAAGAAGGAGACGAUCCGGAAGCUGGGCAUGAAAGCUAGCACCUGCUCAUUCAAUCCAGGUGUAUUUGUUGCCAAUCUUACCGAAUGGAAGCGACAGAAUAUUACCAGGCAGCUUGAAAAAUGGAUGGAAUUAGAUAUGGCGGAAGAACUAUACAGCAAGACACUAGCUGGCAGCAUCACCGCACCACCACUACUCAUUGUGUUCUAUAAGAUGCACUCUAGUAUUGACCCAAUGUGGCAUGUCAGGCACCUAGGGUCAAGCACUGGGAAGCGUUAUUCCUUCCAGUUUGUGAAUGCUGCCAGGCUUCUUCACUGGAAUGGACAUUUCAAACCAUGGGGAAGAGCGUCCUCGUAUCCUGAAAUUUGGGAAAAAUGGUAUAUUCCGGACCCCACUGGUAAAUUUUCCAUCAUUCGAAAGCACACAGAAGUUGAUGGAGCCAAAUGAGGAAACUGGACUGACCAGGAAUCCUCAUGAACUCUAGAUACUGUACUAUGUCACCGAGCAUGGAUGAGCAGGAUUUUCUCAGGAAUCUGCAGCUGAAAGCUAUUUUUUUCAUUGCUGUCUCAAAAAAAGACACUACAGGGGGCACUGGUCCUUCCCAGUCUAUGGAAAUCACUAUACUAGAUUUUAGGGUGUUUCUUUUUUUGCAUUCCUUAUGUGUUAUCUUAUAGUGUUUCAGUUGCUCUUUGCGCCAGCUAUUGGUUCCCUCUACAUAAUCGAAUCCAAAUCUGUUUUCCAGUAAAGUGUAUGAGAUACCUGGAUGGAAACACCACUACAAUCCUCUCUAUAGUAUUCACAAAUACUAUAUGAUCAUACCAGAAACCUGAAUGUAGUGCUGGACACGCACACGUUGUCCGUUAUCAGUAUUGGUACCGCCCCAGCGGUCGGACCCGUAACAGUCAGCUGGUAUCUCCUAUCAUGUGUGUAGGGAAAAACUUUUGAUGCCAAGAAUACUCCUUUAGCGUAGAGUCAAACGUAACUGAUCCGCAGCAUAAUUUAUGUUGCAGAUAUGCCGAUGACCCGACCCAUUUUGUGUGUUCAGCUGUUAACACAGUGCUCCCCCCCCCCAUUUCCCCUGCCCUACCCUACGAGCAGCUACAGAGGGGGCCUACGAGUCGCCAAGUGUACUCUGACAUCGCGGACAUGUCUGGGUGCGUUGCGUAUGUGCAGUGUACUCAGACAUCGUGGCUACUCCAUGGUGUCUGCGUGGACUUGGCGACUCGCAGGCCCCCUGUGUGGCUGCUCGUGGUGGCAGAUUGCCACUGCGAGCAGGCCAGGGGCAGAUUGAGACACAAAAUUGGUCGGGUGACUGGCAGACCGGUGGAUCCGAGGCGUAAAAUACGUGUGAACCAACCCUUAGGCUACGUUCAGACGAGCGGAUCCACAGUGUAUUUUACACCUCUGAAGGACUGCUACAUGGUGCCUUUAGAUGUGCCUGCUCGGAGCAGCAAUAUGCCGCUACGAGCAGACACACUGCGAUGUGCGAGUCGUCGUGUGCAUGCGCAGUAUACUCACAUCGCAGUGCCUCUCACAUCGCUUCAGUGUGUCUGGUCGCAUUGCUGCUCCAAGCAGGCACAUCUAAAGCCACCAUGUAGCGGUCCUUCAGCGGCAGAUCUGCAGUGUAAAAUACGCUGUUGGAUCCGCUCGUCUGAACGUACCCUUAAAGAAAUGCUACAGAUCCAAAUUUUCCCUCCCAUAUACAUAAAUUGUUUGUAACAGCACAGAGAGUUUCUUGCAUCUGGCUUGGAUUCUUGGCACGGCAUCUUUGGCUGGAGAAAGUUCUGUUUUGUUUUAUAUGAUUUUAUGUUAUUUCUGCAUAUCUGUGAAUAAGGAAUAUUCUCUGGCUCUUCACUUCAUAAGUGUCAUGACCAGUAAAUUUUAUGUGAAUUUAUUGAUCACAAUUAAUGGAUUAGAAACCUUGCUUUUGUUGAUCUUUGUUUCAUUCAGAACUCAUUAGUAAAAAGAUGCUGAUGAAAUGUACAGUGCAUGGUAAUCUAUAACAGUGUUUCCCAACCCAGUCCUCAAGGCACACCAACAGUCCAGGAUUUUAAUUUUUCCCUGUUCUAUUCCAAUGGAGGAACUGAAAAAACCCAGAAUGUUGGUGUGCCUUGAGGACUGGGUUGGGAAACACUGAUCUGUAAGUUGUAUGGGAAUCCUCCAUCUUUUUGUUAUAGGAGGUAGAUGAGUACAUUGACCUUAUAGCUGCAAACACAUUCAUGUUUCUGUAUGAUACCUUCUGUACAGCCUAUGACACAUGGUGUGACACAUCACAUGCCUGCUGUAAGGUUUACAUUUGGUAAUUAAAACUGAGAACUUGUGCGUUACAGUACUAUUCUAGACUGCUUGUAUACUGACUUAUUUGUGUUUUAGUUACUGAGCAAUUUCGCCCUUGAUUGAUUAGUAGUAUUAAAUAGAAUAUAAAAGAUAAAUCUGUUGGUUUUAAUUGUGUGGUUUUUUUAAAAACUGCAUUCCUUAUCCAGCCCAAUUGUAAAUUAAAGAGGUAUUCCAGGUUUAUACAUCUUAUCCCCUAUCCAAAGGGGCAUCCUAUCCCGGGCGCUGCCUCCAAGAUGGGGACGUGACAUAACGGCCAUGCCCCUUCCAUUCAUGUCUAUGCUGGCGGUACUUUCACUCUAGUGGUAGCAUGAGAUUGAGUCUACAACCCACACAAGUGGCUCAGGUAGUGCAGCUCAUCCAGGAUGGCACAUCAAUGCAAACUGUGGCAAGAAGGUUUGCUGCGUCUGUCAGCGUAGUGUCCAGAGCAUGAAGGCGCUACCAGGAGACAGGCCAGUACAUCAGGAGACCAACAACCCAGCAGCAGGACCGCUACCUCUACCUUUGUGCAAGGAGGAGCACUGUCAGAGCCCUGCAAAAUGACCUCCAGCAGGCCACAAAUGUGUCCACUCAAACGGUCAGAAACAGACUCCACGAGGGCCCUACGUCCACAGGACAUUUGGCAUUUGCCAAAGAACACCCAGAAUGGCAGAUUUGCCACUGGCGCCCUGUGCUGUUCACAGAUGAAAGCAGGUUCACACUGAGCACAUGUGACAGAGUCUGGAGACGCCGUGGAGAACGUUCUUCUACCUUAACAUCCUCCAGCAUGAGUGGGUGGCAUUUCUUUGGUGGGCCACACAGACCUCCAACUUCAUAGCAACCAAUCAAAUCACGUGUGUGUCAGAUUCCUACCCUUUCUCUGGCAGCUGUAACUAAUCUAUCAGUAAAACUGAAAAUCUAUCUCCCCUGCUCUACAGAUUCUAUGUUGGAAUUCAGUGAACGGUUACCGUAAGAAGAUGGAAGAAAGGAGUGUCUGAGAGGUGAAGAAAUAUAUAUUACACCGUAGCUUAUCAUUUCUUGUACAAUUGAUUUAUGCAAUGUUGCUUAUAAUCAAGGGGAAAAACUUUAAAGUGUACCUGUUCAGGUGACUUUGUAAGCUGCCUUUUGUAUCUACAUGAGGAGCAGCACUAUUUCUGGCUAUUAUAUAACUUGUAUAUAGUAUGUUUCAGCAGAUUUCUGCUCUCCAGGCUCCAUCUCUAAUUUGCAGUCCCCCUCCAUAGACUUGUUUUCUUUGUCUUGCAUAUGCAAGACAAAGCUGAGCUAAUAUUCACAAUGGAAUACAGACUCAUGAGAGAGAGAAGCAGUUUGAUAACAGGAAAAAGUAGCGUUUUUGGCUAACAAAAUCUAUUACAAAGUUUCUUCUUUUCAUUUGUACUAUGGAUCAUGAAAAGUUUGUUCAUAGAAAACUGCAUUUUAUAAAAGUUUUUUCGCCACAUCAUCAGGAAACCUCUUUGAGCUUGUCGAUGUCUUUGUUGCCAUUUACACUAGCUGAUAUGAAAAGUACAGUUCAGGGAUUAUUUACAUGUAAUCGCUGCAUUAUUGUACCACUUUUCAGUCACUGUUUGUUUCACCAAACAGAAUUUUAUGUAAAGAAUUAAAACCUUAA